UGCUGAGGCAGUGGCCUACGUAAGAGCACCGUCCCACUUCGCAAGAUAAAGCGCCCAUAUGCUUUGCUGCGAUUUAUACCGUUAUUGGAGCGUCAUGCAUAAAAUGUUGAGUAAGUGUGUUUAAAGAGAUAGACUGCAAUCAACCGUGGGCAACUUUCAACUCCAUUAAGAUAGACACGGGACACCUGGCACGCAGGUCGACCCCUCAUCUGUUACUUCGAUCUUUCAGAGAACUCUUAAAUGUCGUUUUGCUCCUAGCUUUCUUUCGUGGAGUCCGCGUUACAGGAGUGUCCGACGAAUGUUAGAUCAGUCGGACCUGACGACCCACCGUUUGCUGACAGCUGAUAAGUUACUGACAUUUGACUGGAAGUCGUUUUGGAGUACGCUUGUUCGGAACAGUUGGACUUUCUCGUCAUGAUGGAUACGAAGCUUUUGGGAUGUGUAGUGCUUUUUCCUAUCCAAAUAUUAUUCUGCAUAUUGAAAGCAACAGUGCGCUUGUUAGUACCUCUGAAACGUAAAGACCUGGUAGCUGAUGUGGUAUUGAUCACUGGAGGUGGAAGAGGAAUCGGCCGUCACCUGGCCAAAGAAUUUGCCAAGCAAGGAGCCAGAAAGGUGAUUCUGUGGGGCCGUACUGAGAAGUGUCUGAGAGAGACAUGUGAAGAGAUUGCCAUGACAGGGACCGAGUGCCACUACUUUGUGUGUGAUGUGGGGAACAGGGAGGAGGUGUACCAGCAGGCCAAGGUGGUGAGAGAAAAGGUUGGGGAUGUGACUAUCCUUGUCAAUAACGCUGCAGUGGUUCAUGGGAAAACCUUGAUGAAGAGUGACGACGAUGCACUUCUAAAAACACAGCACAUCAACACACUUGGGCAGUUCUGGACCAUGAAGGCCUUCCUGCCUCGGAUGCUGGAGUUGUGCCACGGCCACGUGGUGUGCAUCAACUCCAUCCUCUCCCUCUCUUCCAUCCCUGGGGCCAUCGACUACUGCACAUCCAAGGCCUCGGCCUACGCUUUCAUGGAGAGCCUUACUCUGGGCCUGCUGGACUGCCCGGGAGUGGACUGCACCACAGUAUUGCCCUUCCACACCGACACAGAGAUGUUUCAAGGCAUGCGUGUCAGGUUCCCUCAUCUUUUUCCCCCUCUGCAUCCUGAGGUGGUGGCCCAGAGAACUGUAGAUGCAGUCAGGACUAACACUGCCUUCGUUGUUCUACCAUGGACCAUGCACUUACUUGUCAUCCUAAAAAGUUUGCUGCCACAGUGUGCUCUGGAGGAAAUUCAUAAGUUUGCAGGUAGCUACACCUGCAUGAACACAUUCAAGGGACGAACUUAAAGAAACAACUCCAGGGAAGGAUGGGAUACAAAAGAUCCUUUAAGCCAACUUGUCAUGCAAUGCAAGCACUGCAUCCCUGGAUCGACAAACAAGCUGUAGCAAAAGGACUUCAGAAUCGCAAUGAUUGGUGUAUCACAGUGGUUUGUUUAUCCAGUGUAAUUUUGUCACUGGGUAUAAUGUGGAAUCAUCAUUUGUAGUUGCUUGUGUUGGUAAUACUGAUGUAUUGGUCUGUAUGGCUCACAGAUUUGUUAUUAAGAGUGCUCUUUGUACUUGGUGAGGAUACUGGAAUACAGGCUGGCAGAC